CUUUCCUGUUGCUGGUUGGUCGAUUGCCUUCGACCAGCCCUUUACAUGAGGGUCUUGCCAAGCAUCGAGGAGGGAGGGGAUAUUUUAAUGGCCGUCCGUAGCACUACAAAAUGCAAAAAGUCCGGAUUAUCUACCAUAUAUAGACUGUUACAGGCACCGAUGCGUUAAGUACGCAUUUCUGUGUUGAUAAGCAUCGCUGCGUGGACAUAUUCGGAAUAGAGAUGUCUUUGUAAUGGUGUUUGUACUCUGCUGAGCGGACUUUACCCGCUUGAUUUGUGUGCGAGUGGGAAAUCAGGCCUAGCCGGCUGGCUAAAAAAAACAAGCGGACGGUUAGCCUUUCGCUGGAGUUAAAAGGGAAUAUGUAACAUAGAGCAGCCAACAUGACAUCCAGAUUCGGCAAAACGUACAACCGCAAAGGUGGGGAGGCUAACUCGAAAUUUGAGGAGGUCUUUUCCAAUAAAAAGCCCACUCUGACCACCAAAUGGGGGGAGACCACCUACAAGGCUCAGCUCGGAGCCAAACGGCCUUUGUUAAAACCUGACGUUUCUGAGGUCCCCAAAAGGCCCAGGCUUGAGGACAGUGAUAGUGAGGAAGACCCGUUUGGCUUUGACAGUGAUGAAGAGUCCAAGACUGUAACCUCCCACAACGUGUCGCAGGCAAAAGUUGCUGAAGGGGAGGUGAUGAAGACCACCACAGUGCAAAGCACUGGGACAGCCGCUGUUGUGACUUAUGCACAGUCCUCUGCAUGUUCAACAGCCACAUUCACGAGCAAACAAAAAACAGAGGAGAAGGUAGGUAAAAAUAACCAGCCGUGGUACAAAAGUGAAUCACAGAGCAGCCAGAAACCUGCAUGGGGGACCUCUUUGUCAAGCACAGUCCUCUCUGAUGAUCAGAACUUCUCCCAGAGGUCCACCUCCUCCUCUCCUAAUAUAGACACAUCUGUUAAACUGUUCACUGAUGUGCCAGGUGGUAGCAGGGACUUCCAAUCCUCAUCUUCUUGUGAUGGCUUGCUGUCAGAUGAAAUGAAAGGUGCAGAGGUGGAGCCUUCAGCGGAGGCCCCACCAGAGCCAGUGGACAAUAUUCCCCCUUCCCCAUUUACCCUGAGGGCCUCAAAUUGCAAAAAAUACCAGCGGCCAGGCCGUCCUGACAAAUCAUCGUCUGAACUUGCAGAAAGUAACAGCAACAAGUCCACUGAUGGUGCAAGUGCCCAAGAUAAGCCCAACAGUGCCCUUUCUGCUGGUGCAAGUAGUACUGCUGCCAGUGCUAAAACAGCAGCCAAGCCUGUGGGAAGGGGUGGUGGGAGGGUACGGGACUACACGGUUCUCCACCCUUCCUGCCUGUCAGUGUGCAAUGUCACCAUCCAGGACUCAAUGGAGCGGAGCAUUGACGAACUGGUCAGCCUCGCUCCCCCAGCUGACCUUGGAGAAGCAGGGCAGAUGAAGAAGAAAUCAGAUACACCACCACCCAAACCUACUAGGUUCAGACCCACACAGACAAAGACCAAGAAGACCAAGACCGAGACCAAGCUAGAGUUCUUUGGCUUUGAGGACAAAGAGGACCAGGAGGGGGAGGAGGGUUCAGAAGCUGGCAAGAGUAGCUACAAGAUCAAGUACUUUGGCUUUGAUGACCUGAGUGAGAGUGACAGUGAUGAUGAGAGCUCCCAAGCCAAAGAAAAGAAGGCCAGGAAGGCAGCCGCAGCCUUAGCUGCUUUGAGCUCCAGCGUGGAUAGCCCUCAUACCAGUGACUCUCAAGACAGUCAUGCUAGCAGUAAUACAGCAGAUGCCUUUGACUUUUCCGAUGACUCAAGUCCUGGUGGUACCGAGGGCCAGAAAGCACGCUCAGGGAAGCCAAGUGACAAAUCCAAGGACGUCGGCAGUGGACUGAAAAAGAUUUUCAGUGGACCCAAAAAGUCUCCUGCUAAAGCUGUGUACAAUGCUCGCCACUGGAACCAGCACGAACCUGAAGAAAUGCCUGUGCCUCCAGUCUCUCGAUCUCAGACUGCUCCGGCUAUUUUAUCGAGCAGCAGCAAGGACAGCAACUCCCAUAAAGAUGACGGCUUGUUCAAAGCUCCUCCACCGCCACCCAAAGUCAUUAAGUCAGAGACCAUCCCCACACGACUCAACCAGGAUAUUGUCACAGCACUCAAAUGCAGAAAAGAAGACAAGGAGCUGUAUACUGUGGUGCAGCAUGUGAAACACUUCAACGAUGUGGUGGAGUUUGGAGAGAAUCAAGAGUUCACAGAUGAUUUUGAGUACCUGGAGACGGGGCUCAAGAGUAGUCAGCCGCUCAACACAAGAUGCCUUAGUAUAAUCAGCCUGGCCACACGGUGUGCCAUGCCCAGUUUCAGGAUGCACCUGAGGGCAAGAGGGAAAGUCGCACAGGUCUUCAAAAUGCUCAACGAUGCUCCACAACACCCGAACCUCGCUCUGUGCACGGCUGCACUGAUGUACAUUUUGAGCCGGGAUCGUCUUAACAUGGAUCUGGACAGGGCAUGUCUGGAGCUAAUGAUCAAGCUGCUGGAACUAGACCAGGACUACUCGGGUCACCAGGAUCAGCUCACAGCAAAGGAGAUGGCAAAGGUCAAAGAGAAGAUCAGGAAACUGUGCGAGACUGUGCACAACAAGCACCUUGACUUAGAAAACAUCACGACAGGGCACCUUGCCAUGGAGACACUUCUGUCGUUAACCUCCAAGAGAGCUGGUGAUUGGUUCAAAGAGGAGCUCCGGCUACUGGGAGGCCUGGACCAUAUUGUUGACAAAGUGAAAGAGUGUGUUGACAACCUGAGCCAAGAGGAUGACAAGGAGAACCUUGUAGCAUCUUUAUGGGGGGCUGAGAGGUGUCUGAGAGUGCUUGAAAGUGUUACAGUGCAGAACCCUGAAAAUCAGAGUUACUUGAUUGCCUACAAAGACUCUCAGCUUAUUGUCUCCUCUGCCAGAGCUUUGCGAUACUGUGAGGAUAUGAUCCAGCGGUACAGCAGGGCAUUAAACAACACCUCUCUAUCUUCAUCGGCUGCUGCACUGCCUCACUGCAGCUUCACAAAUGUGGGAAAGGCGGUGGAGGACUGUAUGAGGGCUGUUAUUGGAGUGCUGCUCAACCUUACCCAUGACAAUGAGUGGGGAAGCACUAAGACGGGUGAACAGGAUCAGCUAAUAGUGACUGCUCUAAAUUGUGUCCUUCAAGUCCCACGCUACAUCCCCCAGGAGCAGCGAUUUGACGUGCGUGUGCUGGGUCUGGGUCUACUAAUUAACCUUGUGGAGUACAGCUCCAGAAACCGCCACUGUCUGGUGGACAUGGAGUACAAUGUCGACGACACCUGUCUGGAAGACAGCCUCAUGCAGCCUGCUGACCCAACGCAAUCUGACACAUUGGCAGAGUCAGCUGAGACUCAGGCAGAUACGGCUGACAAGCCCAAGUCCUGCGGUGCUUUGGCUGCCCUGGUGAAGCUCUUCCUUGAGAGGGAGCGUGCUGCCAUCCUGGCUGAGGCAAAGACUGACGACCUCAUCAGUGAGGCCCCCAAACCGGCACUAGACCAAAGCGGAGAGUGGCAAGAGACAUCAGGAGAGAUCCAGUGGGUGGCAUCCGAAACAAAUGACAGCCAACCCGAGAAGAAAGAAGAGGAGGAUGAAGAGUUGGACUUAAAUAAAGCUCUGCAGCACGCAGGCAAGCAUAUGGAGGACAGCAUUGUUGCUUCAUACACAGCCCUGCUGCUGGGCUGCCUCUGUCAGGGCAGCCAGAUUAAUGUGACUACUGUGAGAGAAAAUCUACCUAAAGGAGAUUUCUCCAUCAUGACAGAAAUGCUGAAGAAGUUCUUGAGCUUCAUGAACCUCACUUGUGCAAUGGGCACCACAGGACAGAAGUCCAUCUCACGGGUCAUCGACUACCUGGAGCACUGUUAACAGACAGCAAACUAUCGAGCUCUUACUCCGACUGCACAUUAAACGGUUUCCAGGUUACUCUUGUUCUCCACUACCCAUUAGAAGCCACAAGGGGCCAUUGGAGUCUUAGCAGCAUUCUCUUGACUUCACCUGAUCAGCAGAUGUUGCGAUCACUCUAAACUCUGAGGAAAAAAGGCAUACACUGACAUGUGCGUAAACACACGCAUACAGAUAUACACAAGUUUCACUCCCUGUCUGGAGCACAACCCGAACCAAAGCCCUGCUAGCUGACAGACAUGCAGACAACUUCAGUUCCACUCGGCUAACAGCCCAUUUAGAGUCAGAUCCAGAUUCAUCCUCAGGUGAGAAUCGGGCAGGCGCGAGGCUACAUCCCCGUAAUCCGCGGAAAGUUAAACGAAGCAGACGUCUUCACACAUCGUCCCGAGAUGUGUGACGGUAGCAGGCCACUGAGGAGGAGUCUCCCGUUUGCUGCUGGGUCUUGAUUUCUGGCUGCUUAGCUGGAGUGUGAACCACUGAAUCAAAUUUUAUGGAUCAUUACAUUUUCUUCUGUGCGUGUCCACGUCCAAGCCAAGGGUGAAAUCAUAGAUUAGCAUGAAAUCAUUUUCACAGACGUUUGAAUGAUGUGUCUGUACGUAAAACCUGUAUGGAAUGAUUUUUGAAUGCAAAAUCCCAUUGACUUACACAUUUGCAAUUGGCUUGAAUGUUUAAGGGAAAUCGAAUUUCUAGCUUAUUUUCUAAGCUUUUCAUUUUGUGCCGAGUAAUUUUUGGGAGCUUGAUUUUUGUAGGCUUUGGCUCAUUAUAUUUUUAGAUUUUUCUUUUUGCCUUGAGGGCAUUUCUCUACCAAAAUUAUGAGUUACUGUUAAAGAAAUCAGGACUGCGUGACAUACUGACUUUUAAUAGGAUGUCCGUUAUUUGACUGGUGACAGCACUCGGAAAAUUACGAGCUUUUCUAAAAGUUAGAAUUCUUCUCAGCCGUUGUCUGUUUGCUCACAUUUUAGUUUGUUUAGAUUAUUUAAAGUUCAUUUAAUUCAGCCGUGUGUAAUUAGAGUAUGCAUUUAAACUCACUGGUAUAACGUGAUGGAUUACUCAAAAUUAUGAUUGUUGUGCUUCCUUUAUGUUUGUAAUGAAGUUAUUUUUAAUGUAUUUAAUUUAAUGCGUUCUCCUCUUGUGUAAAAUGCAAAGCCUACGUAAUGAGAUCCCAGUUGUGUCCAACAUCGGCUCAUUAUAAUCCACCCCUUGUGAUACAGCUGUGUGGCUGGGCACAGCACAUCUGAGUGGCUAAAUUUAUGCUUAAAUUGUAGUUUUUAAACAUCAAUCACUAAAAUAUUAUGCACAUGUUGAUCAACAUAAGUGGGAUGGGGUUAGGGGCAGAGAUGGGCAGUAACGCGUUACUGUAAUCCGAUUACUUUUUUCGAGUAACGAGUAAAUAAGGGAUUACU